AUGGGAAUUCCCGGAACUGAGUGUUACGGAGAACAAAAGAAGAUUUGGCUGAACUGAGAGUCGAACUCAGGUCCACUCCAUUAAUCAGAGUUGCUCUGACCUCUGAGCUACUCAACCAGCGGGAAUAGGCCAAAGCAGCGGCGCACCCGAGUCAAGCCGGCGGCAGUUCUCCCUCCCAUUGCGGCCGGUCCACGCCAAGCUCGCGGCACGGAGUUCGGAUUCCAAGAUCACAGCACUGCGAUUGCCCAACGGAGAGCUGACACAUGACAUUGACGUCGCGCUUGACCACACACAGGCGCACUUUCAGCGCCUCUACGAUCUCGAGCCGCGCGAUCGGGACCACGUCGAGCGACUUAGGGACGAUUUCUUGGCGCCGAUCAGGUCGGCGCGCACUUGCGAUGACCCGAGCUCGGACCCGCUCUUUCUGCGACGACUCUCGGAAGCGCACAUCGAGCUGCUGCAGCAACCCAUCACCGAGGACGAGGUCGUAGCCGCAAUCGCAACAACACACCCCGGUCGAUCGCCGGGUCCAUCUGGCGUGCCCUACGAGCUCUAUCACACAGCGCCGCGGGCGUGGGCCAAGGCGCUGAGCAGGGCCUUCAACGCGAUGACCGAGCGCGGCUCGCUUUCACCGAAGCAGGGGCAAGGACUCGCUCGCCUGCUCUUCAAGCACCACAAGAUCGGGGCCGAUCGCGCCGAGCUCUCGUCGUACCGGCCCAUCACCUUGCGCGAGUGCGACUACAAGCUCUUCACCAAGGUCUACGUUGCGCGACUCAACCACGUGCUGCCGGACCUGCUCCCACCGCAACAGCACGGCUUCGUCAAGGGCCGCCGAUCGGCGGACGCGUCAUUCCACCUGCGACUCUUGAUCGAGGAGCUGGGCGCGCGCGGCACCGAGUUCCCUGACGCGGCGCUCUUGUCUCUUGACCAAUCGUCGGCUUACGACCUCGUCGAGCACGAAUGGAUCUUCGCCAUCUUCGACGCUCUCGGCGCUCCUGCCGCCUUCCAACGCGUUCUGAGGAUGCUCUACUCGGGUGACUCAACCACGGCGCGAUAUAUCAUCAACGGCUUCUUGACUCCGCCGGUGCGGCUGACGUGUGGGCUCGGCCAAGGGGACCCGGCGUCGUCGUCGGUCUGGGAUGUCGUGUUCCAGCCGUUCCUGGAUGCUCUGCACCGUCGAGGCAUCGCGCUGAACCUCUCGCUUCCUACCAUUCACCCCUACCCACAGAGCCGCGCCAUUACAUCCCUUGCGUUUGCCGAUGACGUCGUCGUCGCCGUCGCGGGCUCGGAGUCACUCAACUUGCUCGACGACCUGGCGCUCGACUGGAGGCUCGCAACCAAUGGCCGGCUCAACACCGACAAGACCGUCGUACUACCCAUCGGGUGUCGCUGGGAGGCUGGCGAUCGUCCGCUCGUCGUCAAGGCCGAGGGCGAGUCGCUCGAGUGGAUCGGCCUAUCUUUCGACCCCACCGGCAACACCGAACUCGCCAACGUGAAUCUCGUCGCACGGCUCGAAGCGGUGCUCGAUUCGGCACGGGACCGAGGGCUCACACACCACACCCGAGCGUUCUACGUCAACCGAUACGCCAUUCCCAAGAUUCUGCACAUCCUCUCCGCCGACAUCCCACCGCUCGAGGUCGUCAAGGAGCUUGAUCGCAUUCUCGCCGACUUUGUCCGCGGCGGCAAGAGGAGGUCGUGCUAUGGCAAGGACGUCGUCUUCACACCGAGGUUCAAGGGGGGUCUUGGGGUCAUGCGGAUGCAGGACGUCGUCGACUCGGUUGCGGCACGCGUCUGGGACGUGCUUCUUGGCGGUUCGGAUGCGAUCUGGCAGGGACUUGCGCGCGCGGCGAUUGUACGAGCCCAUCCCGCCCCCGACUUUGACUUGGCAACCGAUGCGUGGCCUUGCGACUACACUCCGAUCCGAACCGAUCUACACCCAAGAUGGCAGGCCGUGCUGAAGGUACCAUCGACGCACAAUGCGCAAGUCAAGCCGAGGACGUUGACGCUCGCGAACCUUCUCGCUCUUCCGAUCAAGUUGCACACCCUUCACUACCUACCGGGAGCACCAGCUGUGUCGCGACCACCCUACGACGCCGACUAUGCUGCGUUUGCCAUUUACGUCAAGGUAGCGGACCUGUUUCGACGCGAGCUGUACCCGGGCGGGGGCUUUCAUCUCUGGACGCCGCCGACGGAUGUGGUCGUCAGCAACAGCGAAUACGAUCAACGGGGCCGCCCACAACGAGAGCACAUCGUGGCAUGGUACCGACAUGCGAUCAAUCGAUUGAGGUUCACACCAAUAGCUCAACCGGUGGCGGCAGUACGAAUCAACGGGCCUCCCCGAGUCCGCCCCACCACGCCGCUCGAGUCGAUCCUGCCCCAUCCGAUCGACCCGCCGCAGCGCCUUCCGAGACCGGCUCUCCCAGACCAAUCAACACAAUACAACUUGCUCAGCAUGGAUCGGCCAUACACCAUCCGUCGCGUCCGCCGAGUCUUGAAUGCAAAGGCCUUCACCGACACGAUCGGUUUCAGGGACUCGCUGCAGCCCGACGAUCUCAAGGGAUUCUGGAAGGGGGUCAACUCGAAGGCAUUGACGGCGAGGGAACGCGAGGUGUGGUUCAAGCUCGUCAGGAACUUCACCCCGACUCGGAGUCUGCAGUUUCAUCAAAAGCACGACGACUCGCCCGCGUGCCUCGUCUGUGGAGCGCCCAAGGACGAUCGGGAGCACUACUUCUUCGACUGCGUUGACUCUAGGAACGUUUGGAUCGCGGCAAGGGGCGUGCUCUGCGACGCACUGGGGCUCGACACGAUCGACAACACGCAUUACACGGCCGUUCAACGCAUGUUCGGACUUCCGAAGCUCAAGGCCAGUCUGCGCGAUCAGGAAGGAGCGGGGAGGACGAUCGAAAUAUUCACCGGGCUGGUCUUGGAGAUGAUCAGCAGCGGGAGGUGGGGGAUGCAGAAGUGGGGGACGAGGCUGGAGGGUGUUGGGAGGAGGAGGAUCAUCUUGGAGGAGAGGUUGAAGCUGAGGGCGGGAGGAGCUUGGGGGAGGAGAGGGCAGUAG